AUGCAAGAUCAUCAUCACCACCACCACCACCACCACCACCACCACCACCACCACCACCACCACCACCACCACCACCACCACCACCACCAUCAUCAUCAUCAUCAUCAUGUACACUGCCAGGACGAUGGCCUCUUCCUGCGAUCUCCAGAUAGAUUAACCCGGGUCCCUCAGGCUUGCAGACAGGCACCAUCACAUCCUCCGAACAUAUACCAAACCAACGAGCUUCGGGAGGAAGCCUUGACCAGCUCCGGCCUCGUGGGUCAGCAGUGCCCGAUUGCCAGGGCCCAGGACGACGCCCGAGCUCGAGGCAUUCUGGAAUGA